GUAAUAAAGCUUUUGCGAGUGUAAAUUUCCAAAAAUUUUAACAAAACAAUUAACUGAAAGAAAAAAGCACGAAAAAUAACUUCCUCCAUUUAACUAUUAAAACUCACCAAAUUCACACUCACCAUGGACUCCCACCAGCAGCAACAAGCUGAAGGCGCCACAGUACGACGCCGCCAUCGUAAGCUAACCCGUCCGCAACGCGAAAAAACACCCGAUCCCACUGCGAAGCCAUCGAACGGCCGACGUCGCUACUCUGAAGAUGAGGGCAGCGCCAUUGACGCCACCACCACAGCUUCCGAAGAAGUGGCCGGCGUACAAAGUGUACGCAUGCAAAUACGACCGCCCGGCACAAUGUCUGCACAUGAGAGUAAAAUACUGCGACGGCGUGAUAAGACGUUCGCCAAUUCGGCGGCACGUAGUCUAUCACAACCACGCGAGGCGGAACGUCUGACCAGUCCCGAAGCGGAUGAGUUAAUACGUGUAACAGUGAAGCAUCGUAGUCUCUCCUCGCCGCGGCAUAAGGAUGAGUCCAGUGAGGGUGAGCUUAGUGCUGUCACUGUGGCUCAACGCCACUUGUCGCCGCCGAUGCGUGCGACCGCCGAUGAAAACAUCAGUCGUUUGGAGCAGAAUUUACUUCGCUUCGAGGAGGAGCGCAAGCGUUUCGAAGCAGAUAAACGCCAUUUCGAACGUGAGAAACGCGAACAUCGUUUGCGCUACAAACAGUUGCACGACAGUGAUGAGCGUAAGCAGCUACUGCAGAAUUACCGUAAACUAAGUGAUCGCAUACAAUUGCCGGCAGAUGCAGAGGAGCGCCGACGCAUGGUGCACAGUCUACGUUUGCAACGUAACGAAGCGCCGGUGCUAAAGCCGCGACACCGUCACAGCGGUUAUGAGGAAUCAUCUACGCAAUUCUCCUCAUCCGACGUAGACGAUGCGGAUGUGGAAAUGAGAGCACAUAGAUUGGAUAAGCACACUCAUCCGGUGCGUCGACAAGUGUCAGCUGUGGCAGGUGCAGUCAACUAUGUGGCUGGUGUGCGUGGUCCACCACCACAGCCGCCCGAGCGUCGCAAUGUCAGUCGCAAUAACUCACUCUCACCCAUGCGACCACAAAGGCGUUCAAGGACGCCGGAACAACGUGCGGAGAAGAUGCGUCGCAUGGCUGAAAAUGAGGCGAACAGUAAAUCGGUUAGUGUAACACCAGAGCCGCAGUCACCCAGCUCGCCAGAUGUACACAGCAUGCCUGAAUAUCCGAAACCCCAACCUGCGGCAGAGGUGGGUGAAGUGCGUCGACGUUAUAGCGUACCACGCAAAGACUCGCUCACUGAAAUUGCUAGACGUAGGAAACAGAGUUUGGAGAAAGCGCAAUUGGAGGCCUCGGCGCUAGCCGCCGCUAAGGCUGCCGAGGUGGAAAGACUAGAGGAGGAGGCACGCAAAGCCGCCGCCGCCGUGCCACUGAUGACAGUUAUUAUGCGCAAAAUCUUUACCUACUUCAACAGCAAACGGGCGCAGAAGCCUCAAGCCACACCAGAGACGGAGGUACAUUUUGCCACCGAGAAACUGCUACUGCCCGGUGACCUCAUCGCCGAGGAUUUACCUGAAAAUUUGUUGUCGAAAGAAGUCAUACGCCAUCUUUACUUGGAUAUGCGUCAGCAAUGGCGUCGCAUGAAAGCCGAUUACCCCGCGCACCUGCGGACCAUACGUCUAUUGCGCAACAAAUGCGUUGCAGAGAUGAUUCUACUCAUUCUACUUUGCGGUUUCGGUGGUCUAAUGUUCCGCUACACCGAGGGCACAUCGGAGAAUAUCUAUAAAUGUGAAGUGCGUAAGGUGAAACGCGAUUUCAUCGAUAAUCUAUGGACCGUUAGCCACAGUAUGAGGGAAGACGAUUGGAAGUCAUUGGCUCGCCAGAAGUUGCGAAAGUUCGAAGAUGAGCUCAAUUUACUCGCGGAGUUGGGUAUACGUCGUUACCCGGGUCAGAAAUCUUGGAAUUUUGUGAACUGCAUAUUAUUCUGUUGGACUGUUAUGACAACUAUAGGUUAUGGUCACAUUGCACCCGUCACAAAAUUGGGCCGCACUUUGGCCAUUGUCUACGCCAUCAUAGGCAUACCACUAUUUUUACUCAUCCUUGCGGAUUAUGGUAAGCUCUUCACACGUGCGCUGAAAUUCCUUUGGGUCUACGUACGCCGGUUGUACUACAUGGGCACCUGUCGGCAAAUACGUAAACACCAAUCGGUACGAGACGCUAUGAAACUGGCAAGACGUUCGAGUAUGUUCUUCGGACGUGACACGGAUAUUGAGUCACGCACAACGGGUCCCGAAACACCGUCGUCACCAUUCGAUGAGACCUUCGAGGUGGACGACGAAUUCAAUUUACCCAUUUCGGUGGCUUCCUUCCUGCUCAUCAGCUACAUACUGAUUGGCGCGCUCUUCUAUUCAAUGUGGGAGGAGUGGAGCUACUUUGAGGCUUUCUACUUUGUCUUCAUCUCAAUGUCGACGAUUGGUUUUGGUGACCUAGUGCCGAAGCAUCCGGUAUUCAUGAUGUGCAGUAUACUUUAUUUGGUAUUCGGUUUGGCGCUCACUUCCAUGUUCAUCAAUGUGGUGCAGAUUAAGUUGAGUGACACAUUCAAGCAGGCGUCCAUUAAGUUGAGCACUACAAUUGGCAUCGAGUUGCCACCUGAAGAGGAAGGUGAAGGUGGUGAAAGCGGUGAGAAGAAUAUUGAGCCUGGUGUGACGGUCGAUAUAGAUGCAACAACGCCUCAAGCGAAUAAUGAUGGUAAUCUGAAGACACCGCCGUCAUCAGCUCCACCACGUCCAAUGCCGCCGGGCAAAGAGCGUGUAAGCGAAAGCCCACCGCCGUUGCCGAGUCGCAAGCAGGAGAUUAACCAAACGGAGAAUGAGGUGAAGAAGAAGGGCUGGUGGUUUUGGUAGAUCACAAGGGGACUGUGAAAGCUCGUGUUGGUAGCGCUGCAGAGCUUUUUAUUAUCUUAUUGUUAGCUACUAAUUAGUUGAUAUUCUUAAUAAAAUUUGUAACAUAGACGAUAACACGAUAUUCAUUUCAAGUUUUGCGAUAACUGAGGUAGGAAAUGAUACUUGAGAAGCUGAGCGUAAAUGAAAAAGCUCUGCAAAAGCUUUUAGAUGGGCUGCACAUAUCAUCUACAAACUUACACGAUCAUUACACAAAAAUACUCAGAAAUCUUUGCCAUAAUUUUAAGUUUAGGUAAAAAAUUUAAUUUACAUAAUUAUUAAAAUUUAUUUAUGUGAGUUAUUAUUACAUAAGCUUUCAAAUUUUAGCUUUAAAGCUUUUGCAAGCGAACCAAAAGUUAAGUGGGGAUUUUUUAAUAACAUUAAUUGAACUAAUAAAGACCAAAAUUAUUUACU